GAGCUGGGGGCGGGGCUUAUUCUCCGUUAUGGCUGAUGGGGGCGAAGCCUUGUCGGGUGUAGAGGGAGUGCUGUUAGAUAUUAGCGGGGUGCUUUACGAUAGUGGAGGCGACGGAGGCGGAGUCCCCAUUCCUGGAUCUAUAGAAGCUGUAAAAAAGAUCAAGGCAUCUGGUCUAAAGCUGCAGUUUUGCACUAAUGAAACUCAAGCUACGCGGGACAAGUUUGUAAAAAAGUUGCAACAUUUGGGCUUUGACAUUGCGGUAAAUGAAGUCACCGCUCCAGCACCUGCAGUAUGUCGAAUUCUGAAGCAGCGCAAUCUGAGGCCUCACCUUCUUGUGCAUGAUGACCUCAUUCCUGAAUUUGCUGAUAUUGAUAAAACAGAUCCUAAUUGUGUAGUAAUUGGUGAUGCGGCAGACAACUUUUCUUACAAAAAUCUGAAUGAUGCUUUCCAAAUUCUCAUCAGCCUGGAAAAUCCCAUCCUGCUAUCUUUGGGAAGAGGGUAAGUUAAUUAGCGUAGC